UGUGAUAUGACAGCAAUCCCCUUGCGGUCUCCUCCUCUACUUGGUAUAAAUAAAAAGUUAAGCAAAGCAAAGAGAAAAAGAUGGUCACUGUGAUAAGUCUUUUGGUGUUACCCUCAUGAUGGCGUACGAGUCGUGGUUGGUGGAGAGGGCGAAGGAGGAGCUGGAGAUGCUGGAAUCGCAGCAUCCCACCCGCUUCCACCAUCUCAAGCUCGAGCUCAAAUCGCUCAUCUCCCAACCCAACUCCGGCGCUCAACUCUUCCCCCGUGCUGUCGAUGAUGACGCCUUCGGUCCUCCUCUGGCUUCUGCUGCUGUUCCCACACAAGCGUCAUCUACUCGCAAGAGGAAGACUGAGACCGAGCGGCGGAGCCUGCAUCAGAAGAACAAGGCACAGAAGUCGUCAUCAGCAUCAAGACAAACCGGUGGACGUGAUGGGAGCCGGAAGAAGAGCGACAGCAGCGUGGAGGCAGCCAUAAGGCGUGCUCAAGCUUGCCUCAGGAGGAUUCAACAGGUUAAGCAAACCUUGCUUUUUGCUAGCUAAGGCCAGUAAAGGUGACAUGAAAGGCCAGCCGGGUUUGUUCUUUUACGAUGUUUUGGAGUGUGACAGUCUAAAUGAGAUUAUAUCUUCUACAAGAGCCUGAAGAGGGGGAAACAUACAUACCUUCAUCUGGAAGCAUGUAUCCAAGUGAAAAAGCUGUCAAUUCCCUUCGUUUGAAAUGAUGCUUUCUGCAAGUAACAUGUGGUGGCUUGACACCAAUAGAUGAUAGAUGAUGAUGUGUACUUUCUCAAUCAGAUAGCUCGCGAGGAAUAUUUUUCAGAUUCAGACAGCACGAGUUUACU